AUGACCGGUGCGGUCAAGGGCAAGGCGCUCCUCUCAGUAGAGGCACGACUGCGCCAGCUCAUGCAGGCCCGCAAGCAGCGCGAGACGGCGUGGUUUGUCUCGACAUGGCGCAGGUCGCAUCUGCGUUUGAGAAACGUCACGUGGCCUCCGUCCAAUCCGCGGGUUGCUGAGAUGGCAGCAGCCAAUAGGUUGCCUCCACGCGUGCCUUUCCGGAGUGCUACAAAAUCCAAGAGAAUGCAAGCGAGGAGUGUCCCUAGCAGCAAGCAUCGGAGAGCAAGCAAGGCUUUGUUGGGAGAUGAUGAUGUGUCAGCAGCAGGACGUGAUGACGUGGCAGCAGAAGUAAAUGGUGACGCAGCACGUGAUGAGGUGGCAGCAGUGGGAGAUAAUGACAUCAUCAUUGUGUUGCUCGUGCACAACCGGCCGGCGUAUCUCAACCGCACUCUGGAUGCUCUGAGCAAAGUGGACGGCAUACAGCACGCCCUGCUUAUAGUCAGUCACGACGGCUUCUACCCGCCCAUGCAUGCACUCGUCCGCUCCAUCUCCUUCUGCCGGGUCAAGCAGCUCUACUUCCCCUUCUCGCCGCACCUCUUCAACGGAACCUUCCCGGCAGCUUCCGCGGACGACUGCCGCGGCAAGUCAAGGCGACCCUGGGAGACCAAAGCAGGGGGAGCUGAGCGGUGGGAGCAGUGGCUGAGUAAAAGUUCAAGACAGGGCGUGCGUAAAAAGGGCAUGGCAGGAGGAGGGGUUGGUGGGCUCAGCAAUGGGCUCAGCAAUGGUGUGAGCGAGAAGGAGAGGGUGGGGGAGGGGGAGAGAGUGGGGGAGGGGGAGAGAGUGGGGGAGGGGGAGAGAGUGGGGGAGGGGGAGAGAGUGGGGAAGGGGGAGAGAGUGGGGGAUGGGAUGCCGUGUUGGGGCCAAGCAGAUGAAUUCGGCUCGUACCGCGACCCAAGAUUUGUCUCCCUUAAGCUAUCCCCCUACCCGCCUCCCCUCUACUUCCUUCCCCCCGUAUCCCCGUUUUCUCAUCUUCACGUUUCCCUUCUGCUUCCGCUCUCUCCGCCCAUUCACCUCGUCCCAGCACCACUAUACAUCCCCUCCCGCGCAGCACCACUGGUGGUGGGUGCAGAACACGGUAACACGGUGUGGGACGGGCUCCCAGAGACCAAGGCGUUCAACGGCCACAUGCUCUUUAUAGAGGAGGACCACUGGCUCUUCCCCAACGCACUUACCCACCUCCGCGCUUUGCUAAGUGCCAAGCAGCGCGGGCGCUGCAACGAGUGCAUCGCUGUGGGCCUCGCCCCUGCUGAUGUGGGGGUGGUGGAGGAUGAGGAGGAGGGUGCGGUGGAGAGGAGGGGAGUGAAGGUUGUUAAGGCGCCCUCAAACGCCUUUGCUUCCUCAAACGCAGAGCGAGCAGAGCGGGAGGUGGAGGAUUGGCAAAGGGGCGCGGCUGGAGCGAGGGGAUUGAGGCUGUCGAUCAGAAGAUUCGAGGGGAAUGCGGUAGAGAAGGGUGGAGUUUUGAGGCGGAUUGGGCACUUCACGGCGGAGAGGCUGGGCAACGUGGGUUACAGCUUCAACCGCAGUGUGUGGGCGAUGAUGCAUUCCCUGGCAGAGGAGUUUUGCUACAUGGACGAUUACAACUGGGACAGGUCCAUGUGGGAGCUCAUCUCCCACCACAUACCAUCCGCUCGCAUGCUGAGGUGGCACCGUGCCAUGACGGUGGCGGAUGGAGGGAUGGAGGCCCUCCGGGUGCUGCAGGAGAGGCCAGACGGAUUCAAUCUCAUCCUCGUUGACCUCAUGAUGCCGGGGCUGGACGGGCUGCAGCUGCUGCGAAUCCUCCGCGCCGACUCCAAUUACAACGCCAUCCCCAUCAUCAUGAUGUCAGGCAACUCCAACCAGGCGACGGUGCUACAGUGCAUAGCGGCGGGCGCGGAGGAGUAUCUGGUGAAGCCGGUGACCAAGCGUGACGUCACGCACAUGUGGCAGCACGUGUGGCGCCGCAUCCAGCUCGUCUCCAACGCGCCCGAGAGCCUUCAGAAUAGCGGCAACCUGGCGGAGCACUCAGGCGCAGGCGCAUCCUCCUGUCCCGACGGGUCGUUCAACCCCAGCGCGGGCGCCAAUCCGCUGCUCUCCCUGCGCUCCUCCUCUGGCAUGCACAACCCCCACUCCUCCUUCGACGAGGCCGCCGGCAACACACUCCCUGCCAGCGCUGCUGCUGCCGCCGCCGCCGCCGCUGCUGCCGCGCAGGGAGGCGCUGCUGGCAUGGGAACAGCCAGUCGCGGGUACAGGCAGGGUCAGAGUCACGGUUAUGGGUAUGGGUAUGGGAUGGGAGGCACGAGUACGCUCCCCACGCACUCAUCUGCUGACACCCGCGGCACCUGCUCGUUCUCCAGCGGCAGUGGCCCCCUAGCUGCUCUACCGCUCCACCCCCACCAUCCCCACCAGCCCCAGCCGCCACACCAACCACACCAGCCACACCAGCCAUUGGGCGUGGCCCGUGGGUUUGCCAGCGCUAGGGGAGAUGAGACGAUGGGUGUGUUGGGAAGCAUGGGGCAGCGGGAGGGGUCGGUGGCGGAAGUGGCGCCGCUGACGGGGGGUUCCGGGGAGCUGUGGGGCGGCGGAGGGGGCACGGAGAUCUGGACUGGGUCGGUGGAUGGCUGGCAGGCCGUGGGAGACGAGCGAGAGGAGCAGCAAGAGCAUCAGCAGCAGGAGGAGGAGGAACAGCAGGUUCAGAUGCAGCAGUACCAGCAGCAGCAGCAGUACCAGCAGCAACAGCGCCAGCAGCUGCAGCACCAGAUGCAACAGCAGCAGCAGCAGCAGCAGCAGCCGCAGCAGCCCAUGCUGCAGGAGUCGCAGCCACCAACGCCACCGCUGCCGCAGCAGCAUGAGCCAGUGGGGUGUCGGAGGCAGGCUUGGCAUCAGCGGCAGCAGCAGUGGCAGCGGCAGGGUGGCAAAAAGGCAGCAGACACGGGCCAGGGGCAGGAAGGGCAGCGUUGGGUUGGGAGAGACGCGAAGCAGACUCAAAAAGGGGCUGAUGAAGGGUGUGAACGAGAGCAGCAGCAGCACCAGCAGCAGUUGCUGCCGCCGCCGCCUCCGCCGCUGCAGCAGCAGCAUGCGAAGGAGCAUGCAGUGAGGGAGAAGCGAGGAGGAGGCGAGCUGAUGCUGCCAGGGGAGCAGGGGAAGUGGGAGGUGGAGCAGGAGCAGCAGCGGCAGCAGCUGCUAGCACAAUACAUGCGGUCGGGGGGGCAGAACGUGCAGGCAUUCAUCGCCCACAUGGACCACACAGGCGCGUGCGGAGCCGGAGGCGGAGCAGUGGGGGAAGGCGGAGGUGCAGGCGCAGGCGCAGGCGGGGGAGAGGGAGGCGGAGGCGGAGGCGGAGUUGGGGGCGGAGGUGGUGCUGUUGGCGCUGGUACCGCGUCGUCAGGCAGUGGGGGGGACAUUCACGAGUGGGUGGCCCGCCUGGAGCAGAUGCCUGAGCUGCAGGAGCAGGGCGACAGUGGCGACGGCGGGGACAAGUCGCCUGAGAGCGGAGCAGCAGCACGUGGGGGUGCGGUGGAGCGCAGAGAGGAGGCUGGUAGGGGCGGGAAUGGGUCGGAGGGAAGGAAUUCUCGGGGUAGGCAGCUGGGGAGAAGCGCAGGGCCGGAUGGGAGCCCGGGGCAGUCGAAGCUCUCAGGGAAGCGAAGCGGCAGCAGUGGUGGUGGUGGCAGCGGUGGGAGUGGCGGCGGCAGUAGGGGUGGCUGUGGGGCCGGCAGUGGGGCCGGCAGUGGGGGCAAUGGUCUCAAAAGAGGCGGCGCAGGGAAGGGGAAGAGCGGGUGGGGCUUUCUGUCGGGUCCCAAGGCAGCAGCCUUGAAGAGGCAGCGGCUGGGAAGCCCAGAGGGCGAUGGGAGGCGGGCGGGGAGCACAAGUGGCAGCACAGGCCAGGCAGGUGGCUCUGGGAAGGGAGGCGGUACAGGCUUGGGAAGUGGCUUGGGACGUGCGAGCAGGUUCGGGAAUGGCGGUGGCGGUGGCUCGGGCUUGGAGGGCGGUGGGUCUGGAAUGGCGGGCAGCUCGGGAAUGGGAGGUGGUUCGGGGCUGGUUGGUGGUAGUGCUUUAGGGUUAGUUGGUGGUAGCAGUAGGGGGAGUGAGAGGGGUGAUAGGGGCGAGCAGAGGGUUGAUGCGGAGCGUGUAGGAGAGGCUGAGACGGCGUUCUGGUCUGAGCGGCGGAAUGAGAUGGAAGAGAUGCGACGGCGGGAGAUGCAAAGGGAGGGCAUGCAGAGGGAGGAGAUGCAAAGGCCGGCAAAGGGAGUGCAGGAAGGGCGCAUAGCGGGACAGGAGGACGAGAAGCAGGAGGAGUGGAUGGAGGGAGACGGGAGCUCUCACGGGGCGAAUACGGCUGGAAGAGACUUUGUUUGGAGGACGUCCCACUCCGUUUCCCGAAGCAACAACAGCAACUUCUUGCCUCCCGCCGACGCCGCUCACCCGUCCAUCUCACCUGCUGCUCCUCUCGCUCCUCCUCCUGACUGUGCUCCGUUCGUUUCCUUAGAAGCACAGCAAUGGUGCGGAGCUGAAGCUGAAGUUGCUGUUGCUGCUGCUACCACCACCCCUCCCACCAUGCCCCGUGCUCUGUCGGAUCCCGAGCAGGCCCGCCCUGCCAGUGGCGGCAGUGAGAGCGACCUUCAAGGAUGGGGCUCAGGAGAUUUUUCAGGUGCUGCAGGUGCGGGUGGGAGAGGGCGCGGGGGGGCAGUGCUGAGGACGAUGAGAGGGCGGCGGAAGGAGGUGUCUCUCUCUGAGCAGCUGAUGCGGCAGCAGAGGGAGGCGGAGCAGAGGCGGAGCGGGGUGGGUGAGGGUCCGCAGGCAGGGGACCAGCAGCAACAGCAGCAGGAACAGGAGCAGGGGGAGGAGGGAGAAGUUUAUCAGCGGGAGUUGCAGUUUCCCGGCUCUUCAACGCGUUCUCAGUCUCAGAGCCACAGUCGUUUAGGCUGGGAGGUGCAGCAGCAGCAGCAGCUGCACCAGCAGCAACAACAGCGAUGCUACACGCAGCAGGGGCAGGAGAGUGGGGAGAGCCAAGGGCUAGGUCAGCAGCAGCAGGGGGGUCAGCGCAUGCGGGUGCCAAGUGAUGGGGAUGAGGCUCCUGUGGUCAGUGCUGGUCCGCCCUCCUGGGUUGUGAUCCAACGGAAAGGAGGAGGGGAGCUGAAACCUUUGUCGGUUAUGACUGCUGCUGGAAGUGCUGGUGGUGCUGCUGCUGCCAGGGCAGAUGGAAGGCGGGUGGAUGGGCUGGGUGAGGAGCAAUGGGGUGACGGCACGGGUGCUAUGGGUGGUGGGAACGGGGAAGAGGGAAACGAUGGUCCGAUUGGGAGUGGUGCAGUAGGGAACGGCGCGGUUGGGAGCGGUGGCUGCAUGGAGGUGGAUGGGAAGGAGGAAGGGGAAGCAGGAGCUGGUUCGGGUUCGGGCGGUUGGACAAACGCUUCGUCAGGCUUGUGGGUGGAGAGCGGUAGUGCUAGUGCUGCUCUGACUGCCAGUGCUGCUCUUAGUGCUGGGACUGCGCUUACUGCUGGUGCUGGCGGUUCUGGUGGCGGUGGUGGGCGCAUUGCACUGAUGAGCUGCAGACGGCAGCGUUCACUAGGGGGAGGUGAGGGGCGCGAGGAGGUGCAUUGUGGCGUUGGUGGCGAGGUGGGCGAGAAGGAGGUGGGGAAGGAUGGAGAGGAGGAGCAGGAGAUCGAGGAAAACGAGGAGGAGACGAGGGAGGAGGAGAGGGGAAUGAGGGGAAUGGGGGGGGAGGGGGUUGCGGGGGUGCAUGAGGAGGAGAUGGAGAAUGGAGGAGAGGGAGGAGGUGAAGAGGAGCGUGAGCUGAGAGAGGAGGGUGGUGUGCGUGAGGAUGAGGCGCCAGGGGAAACAGAGGGGGAUGAGGGGGAGCAGGCGGGGAUGCUGGGCCUGAAUCCGGGAGUGUCACGGGAAGCUGUUGCUGCUUGGAUGAGGAGUCUGGGGAUGAGUGGGUUAGAGGUGAACGGGUCUAGUGAUCGACAAGGGUUGGAAUGGGAAGGAGGAAGAGGCGAGGAGCAGCAACUGCAAGCCCCGGCAGCGACUGUUGAUGCGGAAGAGGGCGAAGGGGGAGAGGGAGUGGGCGGACCAGCGAGGGAGGGAGGAGACGAAGAUGAGGCGCAGAGGGAGUGGGAGCAGUGGCGGCUGUGGGAAGAGCAGCAAGGGCUACUGGAGGGAGGGGCACGGGAGGGAGGGCACGGGGAGGCGGUUGGAAUGCAACAGCUGCUGCCGCAGGAGCAGGAGGAGGAGCAGGAGCAGGAGCAGGAGCAGGAGGAGGAGGAGCAGGCGGCGCAGCAAGAAUUGCAGCAGGGUUGGGGCUCGGGGCAAGAGGAGGGGCAUGAGGAGGGGCAAGGGGAGGGGCAAGAGGAAUUUCCGAGUGCGGAGCAGCAGGAGCUAGAGUGGAUGAGAAGACAGCAGCAGGUAGAGCGUGUGACUUCCAUGGGAUGGGGAGAAGGUCAGGCGGAGCAGCAAUGGGGUGUGGGGGAGGAACGGCAAGGUUUGGAGCUAGCAGCAGUGGGUAUGGGAAGAGGAGGAGAAGGGGAGCAGGAGGGUGACGAAGCAGGGGCAGCGGAUGUAGCAGCGGAAGUAGCAGCAGAGGUAGAAGGGGACGUGGCGGACGAUUCACCUGAGGAGAUGCAGAUUCAGUAUCUGAGGCAGCGGCUGCUGCAGCUGCAGCAAGAGAGGCUGCUGCGCAUGCAGCGUCUACAGCUGCAGCUGCAGCAGCAGCAGCGCUGGCAGCUCGGGGAAGGAGAGGGCAGCGAGGGGGGGGCAGAGCAGGAAGGGGAAGGGGAGGAAAUGGGAGUGGCGGCACUGCAGCAGGUUGGAGACUUGCAGCAAGGGAGAUCGUUGCAGGAAAUGAGGGCUUUGCAGCAAAUGAUGUUGAUGCAUGGUGAGGGCGAGGAGCAUGGGAUGGGGGAUGAAGGGGCGGCUGUUGUCGAAGGUGGAGAAGAGAUAGAGCAGGGAGAGGAGAGAGAAGAGGCAGGGAAUAGAGGAGAGCAGGGAGAGGAGCAGGUAGAGGAGCAGGUAGAGGAGCGGAUAGACGGCUCGCAGCAGCAGAGGGAACAGGAGACACAGGAAGAAACUGAAGGAGAGCAGAUUGCAGCAGGUGAGAACGAGAGGAGGGAUGGGGAAGAGGUAGCGGAAGUGGCGGAGGAAGGGGAGGAAAGGGGGGAGGGGGAGGGGGAGGAGGGGGAGGAGGGGGAGGAUGAGGAGGCGAGGGAGGAGCGGAGGCGCAAGUGGGAGUUUUUCUUUCUGCGGCAGCGGCAGCAGCAGUUGUUUGAGUUCGAACAGUACCAGCUGCAGCAGCUUCUGGCCAUGGAGCUCGCUGAGAAGGAGAAAGAGAAGCGGGAGAGGGAGGAGGGGCAGGAGAGGGAGGCGGAGGGAGUCGGGGAGGAAGAGAGGGAGGGAGGUGGGAGAGGAGACAGGGAGGGAGACGGGGAGAGAGGUCAGGAGGGAGAGGGUGAGGGUGAGAGGAAUGGGGAGCAGGAGGGAGGGGAGGGAAGAGAACGGGAGGAGGAGCAGGAGAGGAGAGAAGCUGAGACGAGAGGUGAAAUGGGAGCACAAUCAGAGAGAAAGGAGGGAGAAGUGGAGGAAAUGCGCGAGGAGGGGCAGGAGAGAGGAGGAGGGGAGGAUGUGGAGUGCCCGAGACAUGGGGGAGAGGAGGAAGAGAGCGGAGAGAGGGGAGAGAGGGGAGAGGGCAGUGUCGGAGUGGGAGAUGAGGAGGACUUAGCGCAUGUGGGCAGUGCCUCACAGGCUCACGGAGGCACCCCUGCUGCAUCUGCGAUGGACAGGGAGCAAGGAGAGGGGGAAGGGGAGCAGGGAGAAGGAGGGAGGGAGCAGGAGGAGGAGGAGGAGGAGGAGUUGGUGGGAGGGGAACUAGGGCAUGUGCUUAGGGGGGAUGCUGCAGGCGCGGUUGCUGCAGCAGAUGCCACGGCUGCUGCUUCUUCUCCUGCUGCUGCUGCUGCUGCUGCUGGUACGGUUGCCGAAGGGGUGGCUAUGGAGGGAACUGAAGCUGCUUGGAUGGCGGAGGAGAAUUCAGAAGAAGGAUCGAUGGAGAGGUGGGGGUUUGAGUCUGAUUUUGGCAUGGAGUAUGAUUCUCACGAGGACGCCCCUAGAGGAGGUGGGAGUGGAAAGGGUGGCGAUGGUGGGGCUGAAGGUGUUGGUGAUGGUGGGGAUGACGAAGAUGUUGAUGGUGGUGGUGGCGGUGGUGUUGGUGUUGUUGGUGGUGGUGCAGCCGGUGGGGACGCGGUAGCAGAGCAAGGGACGAGUGGAGAGGGUGGGGGCGAGGAGUGGCGGCUCGCGUUUGACUUGAAUGAGGAGCAGCCGGGGGAAGGAUGGGCGGAUGGAGAGGGCGAUGGCGCUGCUGGUGCUGAUCACUGUGCUGCUGCUGACGAGCGUCAGGGUGAAGUCGGCUGUGUUUCUGCUGUUCUUGGUGUUGGCGCUGGUGCGGGUGAUUACUGUGGUCCUGCUGCUGCCAAGCGUGAGGGUGAAAUCGGCUGUUCUUCUGCCGUUGUUGCUGUUGGCGCUGGUGCUGGUCAUUGGGUUGCUUCCGAACCUCAGGAUGAGAACGGUUAUGGUUCCGCUGCUGACUAUAACGCUUAUGGUGUUGCUGCCCCUGCUGUUGCUGUUGCUGUUGCUGCAACUGCGGACGGGGUGCGUGACAAGCACGGUGGGGCAAGUGCGUGUGUUGCCGUAGCCAGUGGCAGCAAGGGGAGGCCAGGCGCGCACCUGCUGCUGCUAGACAUGAAUGCAGAGGCAGAGGAGGCAGACAUGUGGCUUGGCGCAGAGGAGGCAGAGGAGGCAGCAGACAUGGGCUUGGAUCUGGGGCUGGGAGGAACGUGCGGGGCACAGCAGAGUCAACAGAGUCAACAGAGUCAACGGAGUGAAGGCGGUCUGGGUGGAGGAGAAGGCGGUGGGAGGGAGCAGGUGGGAGGAGGCAUGGUUGGGUUGUCGCUGGGUCUUGAGUUGACCGCUCCAGAGACAGAAAAGUGGUUUGAGAAGGGGAGGAUAGAGGUGGAGAAGCAGGAGAGGGUUUCAGGACCCCAGUCGCCAGCUCCCCACUCGUCAGAGCACCAGUCUUCAGGGCCUGAUGCGUUGCUGAUGGAUCCUCCAGUGCCAGGAGCACGCUCUCGUGUGGUGAACUGGUUGACACAGCACCAACAUCGGUGGCGAAGGCAGCAGGAGGAACAGCAAGUGAAGGAGGAGCAGGAGCAAGAAGGAAAGGAGCAGGAGCAGGAGCAAGAAGGAAAGGAGCAGGAGCAGGAGCAAGAAGGAAAGGAGCAGGAGCAGGAGGAACGGGAGCAGGAGCACCAGGGCAGGCACGUACAAGGUGGCUCAGGGAGUGGGAAGGCAGAAGGUGCUGGGGAUGCAGAGAGGGAGAGGGAGAGGGAGAGGGAGAUGACAGCGGAUGUGUACCGGCUGGGGUUGUUGUUCUUUGAGCUGACGUGUCACAUGAGCGACCAAUCGGAGCGCAGCAGUGCGAUGGAGGACGUGAGGAGCCGGGUGCUGCCCACGGGAUACCUCAUGGCCUUCCCCACCGGUGCUGCCUUCUGCCUCUGCCUGCUGCACCCCGUGCCCUCCAGACGCCCGCCCAUGAGGGACGUCCUCUCAAACAGCCUCUUUCUCCGCCUCGCUGCAGAAGCUUCUCCCGCAGCUUCCUCCCUACAGUGCGAGCUGUCCGAGUUGGAUGGUGGGGGGCGUGGUGGAAUGGGAGAGGAGGAGGAGGAAGAUAAGAGAGAAGAGGUGGAGGCGGAGGAAGAUAAGAGAGAAGAGGAGGAGGCGGAGGAAGAUAAGAGAGAAGAGGUGGAGGCGGAGGAAGAUAAGAGAGAAGAGGUGGAGGCGGAGGAAGAUAAGAGAGAAGAGGAGGAGGCGGAGGAAGACAAGAGAGAAGAGGAGGAGGCGGAGGAAGAUAAGAGAGAAGAGGAGGAGGAGCGAGAGAAUGGGCGGGCUGGGAGGGAGGGAGGAGAGGAGGGCGCUGCUGCUCGUUGCGGUUUGGUUGGGGAAUGGAGUCGAGGCUAUGCGUUUACUGGUAAUCUUGAGUUUAGUAGAAAGCGAGAAAGGGUGCAGGAGAUGGAAGAGAGGGAGGAAGAGGCUGGUGGUGGUGGGGAAGACGAUGGGGAAGGUAGGCGUGGCGGAGAGGGAGAGGAGGAAGAGGAGGAAGAGGAGGACAAGGAGGAAGAGGAGGGAGGAGAGGAGGCAGUGGGGAUGCGAGGGAGCAAGAGAGUUCGGUGUGAGGAGCAGACAGAUGUGAGGCUGUCACAGGAGGAGCCUCUACGUGGUCAUCCUGCUUCAAUGCUGCAGGAGGAGCCUCUGGUGGAGUCACCUCAAGCGCUGACACAGGAGGAGGAGCUGAGUCCUGAAGCGCCUGAAACGCUCACAGAGGCGGAGUUCACGCCUGAAACGCUCACAGAGGCAGAGGUCACUCCUGAAACGCUCACAGAGGCAGAGGUCACUCCUGAAACGCUCACAGAGGCGGAGUUGGCAGAGAGGGAGGAGGAGAACGAGGUGCUCCUGGAUUUUCUCCUGAGGGUGCAGCAGGGGAAGGCUGAGACCUCCCAGCAAGUGGCUGCCAACCUGGAUGGGCUCUCUGCUGACGUGGCAGAGGUUGCUGAGAGGAGGCAGCUGCUGUUGGCGCUCUCUCAGCCUAUGAAUGCGCGCCAUGUCACCAACGCUGCUGCGGCCAGAGGAGCAGAAGCGGAUGGUGCAGCAAAAGAGGCCGAUGGGUCAGGUGCAAGGGUAGGGGCGAGGGGGGAAAGCGGGAGCGGUGGUGCGAGUGGUUGGAGGCACGGCCAAAGGCAGCGGAUUGAGGAGGGUGCAGGGGGGAUGCGUGAGGGUGUAAGACCGGGAGGAGCGACACAGGCAGGGGGGGAAUCAGAGUCACAGGGCAUGAGGGAAAGAGGAGAGGAGUGCACCCGGCUUUGUCUUGGAGCAGGUCAAGGCAGGGGAGGAGGGGCAAGAGCUGAGGGAGAAAAGGGAGGCGAGGAAGGGUGUGGAGGCGAGGGGGGAAGGUGCAGAAGCCGUCAGGCUAAAACGUCCUGCUAUAGCGCCAGGAAAAUCCAGAGAAGUCAAAGGAGUCAAACCCAGUCAGGAGCUACAGUGCCCAUGCGGUCUAGCUCGAGGGAGAGGGAGGGGGGGAGUGAGGGGGCGAGGGAGAGGGAAGAGGAGCGGAGGAGGCGGGUGGUGGAUGAGAGGAGGCUGGGGGGGCGUUUGAACCGCAUGCUGCAGCGCUUUGAUCGGCUGGAAGAAGCUUACCUUGCCGUCCGUGCCCGCACAGCCUCGAUUGCUGCUGCUGCUGCUGCUGCUGCUUCUGGCGCAGCACAGGCUGUAGCUCGUGCUGCUCCAGCAGAAGCAGGCGCUACAGCCGCAGAGGAAGCUUGGCAGAACCUUCCAGAGGCUGCCAAGGUGUGGCUGAGGCGGCAGUGGGCCAUGGGGCCAGCGGGGGCGUUUAUCCCUCCGCCUGGCGUUGGUGGAGUGGCAGGUGGUGGGGCUGAAGAGGGGGGAGCUGCAGGGAGGGAUGGGGAUGAGACGGAGGAGGGGCACAUGCAAGAGGUGUGGGGGCGGCUGGGCUGUGUGCUUCAAACGGUGAGGACGCUGGGACAAGACGUGACUGUAAAGAAGGGUGUAGUGUCUGGUGCUGUUGCUGGUGGGGUUAGUGGAAGUGGCAGUGCAAGGGAUGGUGCCGUGGGUGGGGAUGGUGUAGCGGGGAAGGUAGCAGGAGGUGCUGCCCUUGCUUCGCCUACACCCACUCCCACAGUGGCAGGAGCAGGUGCAGUGGUAGCUGGUGGGGUUGCUCGUUUGGACGCGAGUCUACGGGUGUCAUCUGCACACGGCGCUGCUGCUGCUUCUGGUGAUGAUGGUGGUGGUGGCGGCACUGGUGCUCCUGUGCCGGGUCCUGCCCCUGCGUCUCAUUCCGAGCGGAAGCGCCACGCCAGCAGCAUGGGAGGGGACGAUGACAGAGAGGAGAAGCGGAGCAGCAAGCGGAGAGCGCUGCACGCGUAUGCCAGCACCACCAGCGCCAGCAGCAGGGAGAUGGUGGAACCGGUACUGAGCAGUGGAGCGAGGCAGGAGGGUGUUGGAGGCACAGGUGUGGGGCAUGAGGGGAUGAGAAGGGGAGGACCUGCGGAGACCGGACGGUGGCAUGGAGGGAAGCAGGGUGAGAGGAGCAGAACUUCUUUUGAGACUUCUCCGAAGCAGAGCGAGAGGAGCAGAACGCCCCCUGUGUGGGAACGUGCGGCAGCGGCAGCAGCGGCGCAGCAGCACAGCUGGCAGCAGCAGAGCUCGUCCGGUGGUGGGGGCAGCUGGGCCGGCGCUGCUGCUGGUGCCGCUGGUGGUGCUGGUGGUGCUGGUGGUGGUGGUUUCGUGGUGGAUAGCAUGUUGAAUGUGCCGACCACGACACGGGGCACGCAUGGUACUCUUUUCUCUGUGGAUACGGAGGGGCGGGUGGGAGGAGGAGGUCGGUUUGAUGGUCGGGGUGAAGUGCUGGGAGCGGCAGAGCGCGUGAGGCACGGGAUUUCUGAGCCUUCUCACCCCGUCCCUGCUGCUACGCUAGCUGAAGCUGAUUCUGAGCCUGUGCUUGCUGCAAGGUUCGGCAAGCUGCAGGUUCGGGCGGCGCUGCGCCGAGGCGACCUGCUAGGCUCGGCAGACAUGGUGUGCUCGGUGGCGUUCGACCGGGACGGGGAGUUCUUUGCUUCGGCGGGCGUGUGCAAGCGCAUCAAGGUGUUUGACUGUAACGCCGUGCUGCGCGCUGCUGCUGAGAGAGGGGCACGGGUGAAGGAGGUGAGGGAUGGGAUGGAGGUGGACGAGGAGGAGGGGGGUCGGGAGGGAGGAGAAGCAGGUGGACCGGGGAUAGGGGAGGGGUUUGGAAGGGGGAGAGGCGGAGGAGUGCGGGGAGGGGAAGGGGGGCAGGCGAGGCAAGAGGAGGGGCAUGAGGAGGAGCUGUUGCAGUACCCGGUGGCAGAGAUGGCGGGUGACUCGAAGCUGAGCUGUGUGAGCUGGAACCCCUUUGUCAAGAGCCUCGUCGCCUCCUCCAACUAUGAUGGCGCCGUGCAGGUGUGGGACGUGUGUGCGGGCGAGGCUAUAGCGGAGUACAGGGAGCAUGAGAGGCGCGUGUGGAGUGUGCACUGUGCGCCCACCGACCCCACCAAGCUCGCCAGUGGCAGCGACGACGGCUGCGUGCGCAUCUGGAGCCUGCAGCAGGACUCCAGCGUGACAACCAUCCGCACGCGGGCCAAUGUGUGUGCGGUGCACUUCUCCCCCGCCUCAUCGCACAUCCUCGCGCUCGGCUCGGCCGACUUCAAGCUCGCCCUCUACGACCUCCGCAAGCCGCGCUCGCCCCUCGCCACGCUCCCCGGCCACUCCCGCGCCGUCUCCUACGUCGCCUUUGCCGACCCGCUCACGCUUGUCUCAGCUUCCACGGAUAACACGCUGCGCGUGUGGGACUUGAGGGACGUGCUGGGGAGUGCUGGGGAUGGCGUUGGUGGUGCGGUGAUGGGGCAGCAGCAGCAGAGGGGCAUGGCGCCGUGUGUGCUGACUCUCUCGGGCCAUGUGAAUGAGAAGAACUUUGUGGGGCUGUCUGUGUCCGAAUCGGGGUACAUUGCAUGCGGCUCCGAGAACAACUCGGCAUAUGUAUACCAUAGGAGUGUGCCGGCCCCCAUCACAUGCCACCGCUUCAGUGCUGUGGAUGCAGUGACAGGGCGGGCAGGGGGGGAGGACGCAGGGCACUUUGUGAGCAGCGUGUGCUGGCGCAAGGGCACUCACUCCCUUGUGGCGGCGAAUUCUAUGGGCGAUGUGAAGGUGCUCGAGAUGAUGGAGUGA